UCAUUUGUCCCGUUCCUCUGCAACCUCUAUUAUUUUAUUUCGCGCUGCCUCUCUCUCUCUCACAAGUCUCCCAGCCAAAUCUCACACCCAUUUCAACAAACAUCUGAUAGGCGUAAAAGAAUGCCACCACCAACCAACUCACCAACCUCACGGUUUCAGAGCUCCUCUCCAUGGCCUCCACUCUCUCCAUUCUCCUCUUCAUCCUUUUCUUCCCUCUUCUCACUCCCGCGGCGAACUCCGGCGACAAUAAUGGUACUAGCGCCGGUGGUGGUGGCGAACCCCCUUUUGUUGGCGUGGUGAUUGGCGACGAAGUAUCUGCUCUCCUACCUCCUGCCGACCUCGCCCGCUUUCUUCUCUCCCAGCGCAUCACCCACGUCCGCCUAGCAAACCCUUCACUUCCCCUCCUCGCCGCCCUAAACUCCACCGGUGUUCGCAUCCUCAUCACCAUUCCCAAUUCCCUCCUCCUCGCCUUCGCUUCAUCCCCUUCCUCCGCCUCUUCAUGGGUCUCUCGCUUCAUCCUCCCCUUCAUCACCUCCAUCUCCGCCAUCGCUGUCGGCGACGACUUCUCCGCUUCCAUUUCCACCUCUAUCCUCCUCCCCGCCCUUCGAUCCAUAUGUUAUGCUCUCUCCGGUCUCCAAUCCCACAUCCCGAUCUCCACUCCCCUACCUUUCUCCAUCAUCCUCAACCCAUUUCCCCCUUCCCAAGCUUUCUUCAACCAAACCCUAACCCCCAAUUUCCUUCUCCCUCUCCUCACCCUCCUGUCCUCCACCAACUCCCCUUUCAUGCUCAACCUUUACCCUUACUACUCCUUCAUGCGCUCCCGCGGCGUUAUUCCUCUUGACUCAGCCCUGUUCAAACCACUCCCGCCUUCCAAAGAAGAAAUCGACCCCAACACCCUCCUCCACUACACCAACCUUUUUGACGCCAUGCUCGACGCCGCUCGCUUCGCUCUUCGCAGUCUAAACUUCUCGCACAUUCCUAUUCUUGUUACUGAAACUGGCUGGCCUUCAGCCGGCGAUUCAAAAACCGAGCCUUUCGCGACCAAAGACAAUGCCGACACCUACAACUCCAAUUUGAUCAAGCAUGUGGUUGUCGACCGUGCUGGAACACCUCUGGUGCCGGAACAGACGGCAUCAGUCUACAUCUACGAGCUGUUCAAUGAAGAUGAGAGAGUAGGGCUGGAGUCGGAGAAGCAUUGGGGGCUUUUCUACGGCAAUGGGACGCCUGUGUAUCUGCUGAAUGUGGUGGGGAGUGGGGGGUUUUUGGCUAAUGAUUCUACGAACAGGACAUUCUGUGUGGCAGCGGAGGGGACGGAUACGAAGGCGUUGCAGGCGGCGUUGGAUUGGGCGUGCGGGCCGGGGAGGGCGAAUUGCUCGGAGAUUCAGCCGGGGGAGGGAUGUUAUGAUCCGAAUAAUGUGAGGCAACAUGCUUCCUAUGCUUUUGAUAGUUAUUAUCAAAGUGAAGGGAAGAUCAUGGGCUCUUGUUACUUCCAGGGGGCUGCCAUGGUGACUACGACGGAUCCAAGUCAUGGCGACUGCAUCUUUCCUGGAAGUGUGCAUGUUAGUAGCAUCACCAAGACAGGAAGCAACACAACAGAGAGCAGCAGUGCAGAGGAAAUCUGCUGUUGGAGAUUCAGAAGAGGAAUGAGGGAAGGGAGCUUCAACUUCUCUAUUGUUCGAAGAACAAUAAUUGUGUUGCUGAUGAUUUAUUUCAACUUUUUGCCAGAAGUCUAAGUAUAGCACCUGAAAGGUACAAGUACUUGUAGUUUUAUUUGUUCUAUUCUCAAUUUUGUUUGAACCGAGGGAAGCUUGUAGAGCUUAUCCUUUUCAUUUUCAUUCCUUCUGAAUAAAAUUUUCAGCCUCUGUUUUUGGUAAUCUAUUCGUUUUUGUUGUUUUGAUUUAUAUGUUAUAGGGAAAUUUACAUGCUUGCCACACAAUUGUUA